UUAUCACAAUUAGAAUUCCUUCUUCAUCUUUUGCUUCUCGUACUAUUCUUUUUUGGUCGACUGAACGAUCGAGACGUACAAUACUAGUUUCAUGGCAAAGUUAUCUCAUCAAAACCAGAAACUCAAUGCAAACAAUAACACUAAUGCUACUGCAGCUAAUAACACUACUGUCACAAAGGUCAAACGAACAAGGAGAAGUGUCCCAAGGGACUCCCCUCCUCAACGUAGCUCAAUUUAUCGUGGGGUCACCAGGCACAGAUGGACUGGCCGAUAUGAGGCUCAUUUGUGGGAUAAGAAUUGCUGGAAUGAAACACAAAACAAGAAGGGCCGCCAAGUCUACCUUGGCGCCUAUGAUGAUGAGGAAGCUGCAGCACAUGCUUAUGACUUAGCAGCUCUUAAGUACUGGGGUCAAGAUACCAUUCUUAACUUUCCGGUAUCGACAUAUCCAAAAGAACUGAAAGAAAUGGAAGGUCAAUCAAGAGAGGAAUAUAUUGGAUCAUUGAGAAGGAAGAGCAGUGGUUUUUCUCGGGGAGUUUCGAAGUAUAGAGGUGUUGCAAGACAUCAUCACAACGGACGAUGGGAAGCUCGAAUUGGACGAGUCUUUGGAAACAAGUACCUCUAUCUCGGGACAUAUGCUACCCAAGAAGAAGCCGCAACAGCAUAUGAUAUGGCGGCUAUAGAGUACCGUGGGCUCAAUGCCGUCACAAACUUUGACCUCAGCCGUUACAUCAAAUGGCUAAAACCUAAUGGUCCUAACAACAGCGAAAAUUCCGGUCAGCCUAACACUACUAUUGAGGCUAAAUUGCCCAAUGUCGCCCGAAACCCUAUCGAUCAUGAUCGUGGGCUUAGCUUCUUUCACAACCUUGCAUAUAGUCCGGCGGAAACCAUGACCACGGCUCAGCCUAGACCAACCACUGCCACAUCAGCCCUAGGGCUCCUUCUUCAGUCGUCAAAGUUCAAGGAGAUGAUGGAAAUGACAACAGCCACCGAUUUGUCAUCGCAGCCGGAGUUGAGCACACCACAGUGCACAUUUCCCGAUGACAUACAAACUUACUUUGACUGCCAAGAUUCUAGCAGCUACGCUGAGGGAGACGACGUUAUUUUCAGUGAGCUCAAUUCAUUCAUGACACCCAUGUUCCAGUGUGACUUCACCACUUAAAGGAGCAUGUUUUCAUGGUUUAAUUUACUCUCUUUUAUUUUGCAAUUGACUUAAGUAGGUUCUUUCAUUUCAUUUUAUUGUCUUCGUGAAUACGCAUGGAAGGGUCAACAUCCAUGUCUAGAACAAAGAUGCACAAAAGAUAAAAUUCUAUUAUAAGGUGAAAUUUCACUACUGAUCACCAUCAUCAUAU